GCGUCGGUAUAUCAGACUUUUCCAGAUUUAGGAAUUCCGAAGCGGAACAUAGGGGAAAAGGCUUCAAUUCACAGCAAUUGAAUCUUAAUUUUCAGUUUUAGAUUGAGGAAAACUAAAAGAACCAAAAGGAAAUUAACGGAUCAGUAGUAAAUCGUUUGAUCUGGCUGCAAAUUUCAAUUCUAAAACUGAAAAAUUAGGGUUUCUUUUUUCUCUUCGGAUUUCUUUGAUUUCGUUUUUCAUUUUAUUUUAUAAAAGAAAAUGAACGAUCAGGCUCAGAUGAUGAAUCAGCCACCGCAAAUGAUGAUGAACACGGUUCAGGUCCAAGUUCCAGUUCAGCCGCAGAUGAUGAAUCAGUCUCAUCAGUUGAUGGCGUCGGCGGCUCACUCUCAGGCGAUGAAUCAAUUGGCGGCGUCUAAGUCGCAGCCUAUAAACUCCGGUCCUCAGAUGAUGACUCAGCCACCACCUCCGAUGAUGUUGAAUCGAAGCUACAAGCCUUGGCAAUCUCAGGACCCAAACCAAAACCCUAACCCUAACAAGAAAUUCUCUUCUUUCAAUCGUAAUAACAAUUGGAAGGGGAAAAAAGUUUCAUUCGGUAAAGAUUCUUGGAAGUUCGAGAAUAAGCCUUUACCCAUGGGUUCUGUUUCUGCUAUUUCUUCUGUUCCCGCUGCUUCUGGUAGUAAUACUCAAGGAUACAAACCUCCAACUCUACACGAGCUUCAAAAUCAGAAUCGGUUAAAAGCCAGAAAAUUCUACGGCAACAAGAAGAAAUUCAAUAACAGCAACAACCGGUUUGCUCCUUACGCUCCGCGGAAUACGACUUCGUUUAUAAUCCGAGCGAAAAAGUCAGGUGGAAUAGCAUCUUUAGUGUCGCCAUGUCCUGUGACGCCCGCCGUUCUUCCUACGCCAAUAUUUUCACCAUCGAGGGAGGUUUUGGGUGAUAUGGCCAAGGAAGAAUGGGGUGUGGAUGGUUAUGGGUCGAUGAAAGGGCUGAUUCGGCUUCGAUCACCAGAAGCUGGUCAUGAUGACGAGGAAGAUGACGAUGGGGGAAAUGGUGGGGGUUCGAGUGACAGUGAUGUGGAAGAACAUGUGGAAGUGGAGAGGAGAUUGGACCAUGAUUUAAGUAGGUUUGAGAUGAUAUAUCCAAGUUAUGGAGGUGAUUAUAACAAUGUUUUGGAGAAUAGAGUGGACGAUCAAGAUACCCAUAUAGCACAAUUGGAAGAAGAGAAUUUAACACUAAAGGAAAGGUUGUUUUUAAUGGAGAGGGAAUUAGGGGAUUUGAGGAGGAGGUUGCAGUUUUUAGAGAGGCGGAGUCAGAUAGUGGAAGAUGUUAAUGAGGAGGUUGUAGAGAAUGGGUCUGAUAACGAGAGUGAGGGUGGUGGCUCUGAUGUUAGGGUGGUUACCAGUGCUGCUGCUAAUGAUAAUGUAGAAAUUGUGGGGUUUGCUACUGGAAAUACUAGAAACGUUGAUGUUGUUAUGGAGGAGAACAAUAUAGGUGGAAUGCCACGGAAUGAAGUUCUAAUGGAUGUUUUUAUGGAUGAGAUUGCAAGAGGAAAUGAGCUAAAUAAUGAAGGAAGAGUGGAUGUUGAAUUAAAGCCCCAAGAUGUGAGCGAGGAAAUAAUUCGAGACAAAGAAAAUGAAGCUAAGGGUGAAGAAGCUGGUGGCAGUGAGUUUGUGGAGGAGAAGAUUGUUGAAGAGGACAAGGAUUUGUCGAGGUACAAAGAAACUAGCAAUGAGGCUGCUGACUACACUGAAACAAAGAAUGAGGAAGUGCACUUGUGAACAACAGUGGUGAAGGUGACUGACUGACUGGUUUAACUUGCCCGGGGUAAUGUAUGAAAUUGGGAAUCUUUCGAUUUGGGUUACCGGAAGGUCAACUUCUGGAUAAAUGUGGCCUAAGUAGAUUUAGUUCAGUAUAGUUCUUAACGUUCUUUUUGCAUUUUGUUAGUUUUACAGAGUAAAAGAGGAUGCAUUGACUUUGCUAUCCUUUUACUGUCCUCAUAUGCUCUAGGAAGUAGGUAUCCUUUCUGGCCUUUUUGCUGCUGCUUUCCUCCUCUUUUUAUCUUUCUUUUGGUUUGGAAAAGGAUAAAAAUGGAGGUGUGGGGAAGGGGGGGCUGUAUUUCUUAAGCUGGAAGAGGGUUAUCCAUAAAGUUUCUUUUGUUACAGGCAUAUGUUUGUGUCGAUUUCAACUUCUUCACAGUUUGAAAAAGAACCUUAUAGUAUGUAAGGUAAAUUUGUGCUUGAUGUAUUUGCAUUUGUUUUGCGUAGUAAUGUCCUGAACCAAAACUCUUUAACAUAUUUUAUCUAUCUUGUAUGAAACUAUUUUACUUGUAUCUUUCAGACAAGUAUUCUGGUUUGAUAUUAUUGGUCA